AUGAGUCAGCAGAAUGUCACUAGUGGCCUUGGCCCAGCAUGCGUGACUGAGAAGUUUCUUUGUCACCCCGUUGGCUCUAGCAAUACACUUGCAUUUAUGCGAGUGUAUAAGCAAGUACCUAUUGCCGGCACCGAGUUUAAGAAGGCUUCAAUCCGGGCCACACAGGCUGUUAAGUCCUAUGAGCCUACAGAGCUUACCACUCUCAAGUCCCCCUAA